AUGUCGCUGUCUAGUUUGACUUUGGGGAUCUAUGUCGCAACUGUGUUAGUUCCUCUGGCACUCUCCGUUCUAGUGUACUACCUCCUUUUUGACCCUUUGAGACAUUUCAAAGGCCCAUUUAUUGCCCGUUUCACCAAUGCCUAUGCCGUUUACCACGCCGUCCGGCGGCGGCUUCAUCUACAAACCUUCUCUGAUUUGCAACAGUACGGAUCCGUGUACCGCCAGGGCCCAGAUCGCCUUGUAUUCAACACUGUAACGGCACUCCAUGAUAUCUACUUGGAUCCGCGCGCCACCAAGGGAAGGGCUUAUCGCUAUUCAUCGCUCGAGGGCCAGGAGAACAUGCUUAACACGAUAGAUCGGCAGCGCCGGCGACAAAAGCUGGCAUGGCCUACUCUCUCUAGCAUAGGCAUGAACAAGUUCAUUAUUUGGUGGAACAAGGCCAAAUUUAACGCGUUUCGAACGCUCCUCACUCGCAUCAUCAAUACUCGCGUCGCCCUGCCUCGAGAUGCCAAAAAUGACUUGUAUUCUAUCGCGGCGACCGAAGCCGGAAAAAAUAGCGAGAACCUUUCUAGAGCAGAGAUGAGUGAGCAUUGGGGCGAGGCUACGUUUCUUACGACUAUUCCGGGCGGAAUGACGACUUCGAGCACACUCACGGCUGUGUUCUUCUACCUCUCACGCCACCCUGCCGCACACAGGCGGCUUGUUUCCGAGAUCCGUACCACGUUCCCUGAUGCCCAGGACAUUCGCAGCGGGCCUUUGCUGGCUGGCUGUACCUCCCUCCGAGCCAUCAUUGAUGAGUGCCUUCGUAUAUCUGUGCCAACAACCUCGAUGCCCUGGCGUGAGGAGGAGACUGUACUGAACCGUCACUCCUCCACCAAGCCCUUCAUUGUUGGCGGUCAUGUCAUUCCUCCGGGUACCAUGGUGGUCGUCAAUACGUACUGUAUAAAGCACAACGAGGCCUACUUCUCAGACCGCUUCGCUUUCCAGCCAGAGCGCUGGCUCGAUGAGGGCAACAGCAAAACUCUGCGUCGCGCCUUUGUUCCUUUUGGCAUCGGCGAAGCCACAGACGAGUCUUGUGUGGCCAAGACGUUAUGGCACUUCGACUUGGAACAGGCCCCGGGUGAGGCUGGGAGGUUAGGGGGUGGAUCGCCUGAGGCAAAAGACAAGGCGCGGGCAAGAGCAGAUGAAUUCCAAUUGUACGAUGGAAUUGUUUCUGAUCAUGACGGGCCUAACUUGGUUGUUACAAAAAGGAAAUGUUGAUAGUAGCAGCAGGUAGGGCUAGAGUGUAGACGCUAAUCGUCAAACAUGCCCUUGAACAAUUUGCUGUAGAUACGUAGGACUCAUCUCCAAAAGGCGACUAUAGUACAAACUUAG